AUGAGCGAAUCGGAGUCGUUGGGAAGCAGCAGCGGUUCCGACGAGCUCGCCUUCACCCAGCUUCUCGCCUCCGUCGGCGCUCGACCCAUCCCACAGCCCUUCGGCAACAAUUCUCCCUGGGGAUCAGGUAUUCCUCCCGUUUAUAUACAUUAGGAUGAGCAGCAGAAAUGAGAAAAAAAAUAAAAAAUUGGCGUGAAGUUAAAUGUUCCCUCCGCAAUCGUUUUUUUUUACGACCUCACUUCGAUUCCUUCAGAUAAUUUGGAAAAAAAAUUUGCGCGUCAUUUUGAAUGUUACUUCCGCAGAUGAGAUUUUAAAAACCGGACCGUCCUUUUUAUAUGCAAAUAACGUCGAAAGUGUGUUUUUUAUAACCUGAACUUCUCUUGAUAUUCAUUCGAAUGGAGAAAAAAUUGAAACUUGGCGUGAAGUUCAAUGUUUUCUCCGCAAUUUAGCUUUUACCUGGCCGUCCUUCCCUAUACACUGAAAGUCGAAAAAAAGUGAAAAAUGAGAGAAAUUGAAACUUGGCGUGAAGUUUAAUGUUUUCUCCGCAACUGUGUGCUUUUUCACGACCUGAAAAUUUAAUUUCCAUCAAAAUUCGAAACGAGAGAUGGAAAAAAUUAAACUUGGCGUAAAGUCUAAUGUUUGCUCCGCAAGUGUAUUUUACGGCCCGAAUUUUAAAAUCGAUUUACAAUUAAUUGGAAAAAAGCAAAAUUUUAAACCCAUUAUCGAAUUUUACAAUGCUUUAUAUGAAGGAAAGGUUCUUGAAAAACGAAAAAAGUUCAUUUUUUGAAGCUUUUUUUGAGUCCUUCAUAACAUAUUUUCAUUUUUUGAGCCGUUCUCUGUUUUCUUUCGACAAUAAAUUUUUGUCGUAAAUUUCCCAAGAUACAUCAAUUUUUGAGCCGUAUAGGCCUAAGCCAAUAAACAGCUAUAUAUCGAGGAUUAUGGAUGACAUGUUUGAGAUCGAUCUGUAUGGUGUGAAGACCAGGUAAAUCCAACAUCCAACAAAAAAGGAUGUGUUCCUUGGGGAUUAAUCGAAGAGGACAGUUAGGGGGGAAAGAAACACACAUUUAUAACUACUUUAUACUCGGGAGGCAACAGUGGCGCAACGGCGGCGGCGGCGGGAUUAAUUUGGGCGCCGCAUCUGGCUACUUUGCCCCCGCUGUGUUAAUGCGUUAUGUCACCCAAUCAUGACUGAGUAAUAACCUUCCAAGAUUUGGAAAGGUCCAACCAUUUUGGAGAACGUUUCAAAUUUCGAUUAGCCCGUGAUUUCGACGCGACAAAAAUUGGACUUUUUCGCGCUUCGAGGCCAUUUUUUUUGUCUUUUUUAGAGCCUUGAAAGAAAAAUCCCAAAAUUUUUUCAUAGUAAAGGUGAUUCUGAAGACGUUUUUUGAGGUGAAAGCCGAUUUUGACGGGGAAAAAUGAUCAAAAUAUACAAAAAUCGGAUUUUCAGUGCUUCUUUUCAUUGUAAAAUCAUUUUCAGUCUUUUCCAGGACCUUGGAAGGAAAAUAUCAACUUUUUUUCAUAGUAAAGGUGGUUCUGAAGAGGUUGUUUAAUGUAAAAAGCCGAUUUUGAAAAAAUAUCAUCAUUUUGACGUGGAAAAAAUGAUCAAAAUAUAUAAAAAUCGGAUUUUCAGUCCUCUUUUUCAUUUCAAGGCCGUUUUUCAGUCUUUUCUAGAGCCUUGAAAGAAAAAUACCAACAUUUUUCAUAGUAAAGGUGAUUCUGAUGACUUUUUUUGAGGUAAAAAAAGCCGUUUUGAAGUGGAAAAAAAUAUAUUGCAAAAGUAAAAAAUUGGAUUUUUCAAUGCUUUUUUUCAUUUCAAGGCCAUUUUUUUAGUCUUUUCCAGGACCUUGGGAGGAAUAUAUCAAGUUUUUUUCAUGGUAAAUGUGAUUCUGAAGAGGUUGUUUAAUGUAUAAAGCCGAUUUUGAAAAAUAUAUCAUCAUUUUGACGUGGAAAAAAAUGAUCAAAAAUAUACAAAAAAUCGGAUUUUCAGUCCUCUUUUUCAUUUCAAGGCCAUUUUUUUAGUCUUUUCCAGGACCUUGGGAGGAAUAUAUCAAGUUUUUUUCAUGGUAAAUGUGAUUCUGAAGAGGUUGUUUAAUGUAUAAAAGCCGAUUUUGAAAAAUAUCAUCAUUUUGACGUGGAAAAAAAUGAUCAAAAUAUACAAAAAAAUCGGAUUUUUCAGUCCUCUUUUUUUCAUUUCAAGGCCGUUUUUUUCAGUCUUUUCUAGAGCCUUGAAAGAAAAAAAUACCAACAUUUUUUUCAUAGUAAAAGGUGAUUCUGAUGACUUUUUUGAGGUAAAAAGCCGUUUUGAAGUGGAAAAAAAUAUAUUGGAAAAAAAAAAAUUGGAUUUUUAAUGCUUUUUUUCAUUUCAAGGCCAUUUUUUUAGUCUUUUCCAGGACCUUGGGAAGAAAAAGCUCAAUAUUUUUUUCCAUAGUAAAUGUAAGAAUUUAUCUUUCUGACCUUUUUUUAAUGUGAAAAGCUGAUUUUACCUUCAAAAAUAAUUAUCAAAAAAAGUACAAAAAAAUUGAAUUUCAGUGCUCUUUUUUUCAUUUCCAGGCCUCUUUUUUUAGUUCUUUUUCAGACCCUUGGAAGAAAUUCCGAAUAUGAUAAAAAAAUAAGGAUAAAAAGCUUCUAAAGACGUUGUUUGAGCUAAAAAGCCGGUUUUGACGUAAAAUAACACUGAAAAAGGCUCUUCGCCGCAAGACCUUUUUAAGAUUUCAGCUCUUUUUUUUUCUAAAAGAACACAUUAAGACGAUUGUGGUAGUAAAGCUCGUUUAGCCCUUCGAAAAUCAUUUUUUGAUUUUGUAAAAACAAAACAAAACAUAUGUACUUUGAAAAAUGAUUUUAGAAGACCAGAAAUCAGCUUUUCCUUUCAAAAACGAUACAUAUACAUUUCCAAUUUCAAUGCGCGAAAUGUCGUACAACAAACACAGACACACGACUGCAUUACUAACCAAACAUGACGCAUAUCCUUUUGCGGUAACCCUUUUUUGCGUCGUGAGAAUCUCCCACGACGAAUGAUCGAGCCAGAAGGUGACACUGGCGUCGGCGGCGGCCGACGUGAAAGGACUUGCGCACUUUUCCCCCCGAAAGUCCAUGUGUGUAUCCUUUAACUGAAGGCCUCAUUAGGGCUGACCACUGACCAACGAGGAAAUUGGAUUAAACGCCCUAUCCGCGUCAUAUUCCUCCUCUUCCUUCACCAUUCCGUCGCUUUAAGGCUUCUCCUUUUUUUCUUGGGGGAAAAGCCAUGCAAAGAUAAACGCGUAGGCAAAAAAUGAAUGAAUAAGAGAGAGAAAAAAGCUUUAUUCAUAAAAUUCAAGUCAUUUCCAUACAAGAAACACGAGCAGAAUGCAAGAUCGGAAUAUUUUGAAGUGAAAUUUCAAUGUCAAUCCACACCUUGACAGAAAAUUUCCGGCAGGGAGAUACGUGGAAGAAAUCAUGAAAAACAGAAGUUUUGCAAAUUUGAAGAAUUACGAACAAAAAAUGAGAAAAAAAAAAUUAAAAUUUCAAGAUUUUAUCCUACGACUACGUAUAGUCAUACAAAAACUCGAUAUUUUUUUCUCAAGGCCAUAAAAAGCCUGAAGAUACGCAUCGAAACACAAAAUAACACCAUAAACAGUGAGAAUUAUCGGAUCGUCGUGGGAGCAUCCCAAUUCCGGCUAUAAAAAUCAUUCAGCGACAAUUUGAACCAACAAACUUUUGAACGACCACAAAGAACGGUUUCGAAGGCUCAAAAAGGCCAGAAAUAAUUUAAACUUCUGUUGAAAACUUUUAUGAAAAAAUCAGUUACUGUUUGUGUCAGGUACGCAUUGCGGAGAAAGCAUUCAAAACCACGAUAAAAUAUUGAAAAAGGCCUAAAAAUUCCCUUGAAAAACGAUUUUUCUGCGUUUAAAAUAACUGUUUCUCUUCCUUCUCUAAUGGCUCGUUUAUCAUCCGGACGGCAGUUUCCCGAAAAAUCGAGGCGGCCAUCUUUCACACAAAGCAUAUGGCCCUCAUUAGCAUAUAGGCCAUUAUGAGAGAUCAACGUGAGGCUCGUGGAACGCAAGAAUCUCUAUAGGAAAGAUGGCACGCGACAAAAUUUCAAAUCUGAAUCAAGGAAUCAGGGAAAAUAAGGAAGUGAAACAGUUCAUUUUUUCCAAACGCAAUUAUUUCAAAAAAAUCCUUGCUGAAGUUAUCCUUUUCAAAAGCCUGCAAAAUUGAAGAUUACAUUCAUCAGAACCUCGAAAAUGAUCAUAAUAAAAAUUUUGUUUCAAGUUGAAAAAUGAGAAAACUGCCAAAUUCAAAGUUUAGGAAAAAAGAAACUAUAUUGGAAGUGUUCUAAACUUUCAAAAAAUAGAUAAGACUGCUCAAAAAUCAUGCCUGGUUUCAAAAGAAAAUGGACGAUUUUCAAUAAAUUAUUAAGGAAAAUCGCUUUUUUGAAAGAUAUUCAAAGUUCUAUGUUUUCAAAAAUAUCAGCAAGGAUCUCUGAAACGAACAUACAAAAUAAAAUUUCAAGCAUAAAUACGAUAAGAACGGGCUCACAAGUCAAAAAAAGCGGAGAUCAAAACGGCAAAAAAAAAAACAACGCCGGGCGGUGCCGUGUUCACGUAAUGAUCUCGCCUGUUUUUUUUGCAUUUUUUUCUUCUCGCUUGGUCCCAAAGUCAUUAUUUCUCAUUUCUGACGUUUAUUGAAUUUUUCUUCCUCGUUUUUGAAAUAAUGUUCAUUUCGUUAUUUUUUUUCAGCGGUAUCACAACCGAUGCUUGGUGGAUCCUUCGGACUGGCGCCAACGCCGCCGCCCAUCAGCGAGCAGGUAAUUUACUUUUUUUCAUCGAUAAAGUUAUAUACAAUAAAAAAACAAAAAAAUAAAAACAGAAAGAAAAAAAGAAAAAAAUUAUGAAAUUUCUCGGAACAAAUUUUUCAAAUUCAAAAAAAAUCGGCGCCGUUCGCAUCAGCGCAACUUUGCACGUUUCGCAGUUUUUUUGUUGAAAAUUUUUCGCGAAAGGGUUUUUUCAGUUUUAUAUAAAUUUUAUUGCUUUAUCAAUGCUUGCGAUUUCUGAUGACUGGAAACAACGCUUGAUAAGCUUGCUACACUCUUCUCCCGCAUUGCGAAUCGAACGUGGAUGGAGAUUUUUCGAUGUUUUCAAGUUUUUCUUAAAGUCAUCAUUUUUUUGUUAAUUUCUUUUAUUUUAGUUUUUAAAGUUGUUUUAGGUUAUUUCAAGAUUGGAUAGUGAAUGAGAUAGAUGCCACGUCCGUUUGAUUUAGGUAAAAGAUCUGAAACUUUGAAAAAUCAUAAUUUUUUCGUUUUUCGCGAAUUUUUCCAAUUUCUAGCGUAUUUAUCGACAUAUUUACGGACUUAUUUUCAAGAAUAUGGUCAUUAACUUUGUUUCGACAGAGAGAAGGGAUAUUAGACACAGAAGUUCAAGAGGUUUUCUUACAUUCAAAGAAUUAUUCAACUUUUCACGAGUGUAUUUGAAUCAAAGUCUAGUUUCAAAGAAAUCCAAUGAAAUUCCAAGUGAAAGAUGACCCACGUACACGCGGGAAACCAAACUAUUUUCGCGCAUCCACGUCAGCACUCAUUCGAUUUGACAUGUUCGUUGUGUUCUGUCUCUCUGGCGACUUUUUAUCGCUUUAUAAUCAACGGGGCGACAACAUCACAACACUCGGAUUGCGUUCCGAUCACGUUAGCCAGAUUUUUGGCCGUUUUUUUGAUCAGUUUCUUUUCUUAGUACUAUAACAAAAAAAAGCCCAGUUUUUUCUCGAAUUGUAGUUCUAGACACGCAAGCGCCAUCAUUUCUGAUACGAAAAACGGGAACUACAAAAUGAAAGGUCCUUUUUUGAGUCGUUGAUAUGCCGCUAUACGGAUCCUUGUACUUUUCUAGGGGUUUUCUGAGUUUUCCUUCUCGAUGCGAACUUCAAUAUUCUGGCCUGGAACGGUGUAUGCGGGCUUUCAGGCUACAGAAGUCAAGAUCAAAAAAGGUGUAACACAUCAUUGAACUGUAUGAUAUACAGGAAGUUGGAUGGCCAACGAAAUGAGCCAUUUUCCGCGAAUGAGCGGUGUCUGCGGACUUUAAAGCUACCGUAAUUUAAAUAGUGGCACAGACUGACACGUGAUUGAACUGUAUAACAUACAGGAUGAUGGAAAAAGGAUUCUCGAGGUGGCGAAGAAAAUGAACCAUUUAAAACCUUUUUCCUCAUUCUCUUCGUGUCUGCGGACUUUGUAGCUACCGUAAUCUGAAUAAUGGCACAGACUGACACGUGAUUGAACUGUAUGACAUACAGGAUGAUGGAAAAAGGAUUCUCGAGGUGGCGAAGAAAAUGGGCGGUCCGUUGCGAUCCUCCCACCGCCUCGUCCUCCGCAGCCUUUUCCUUCUCUUUUCUCUCUCUCUAGCGCUAUUGUGGUGGUGGCGGUUGUCCAGUCCUUCCUCCCGCACACAAAAUUUUCUCUCUCUCUCUCCCAGCAAGAGACAUUGAUUUUCGGUCGUUGGAUCUUGUUUCAAUUCAAUUUUAGUCGAUUCAAAUCUAAAUCCAUGCCUUUUCCUAUCGAUUUUUGCUCUUGAAAAGCUCAAAAACCGAUUGGUUUUCGAGUGGGAGGAGCAAGAAAUCAAUGGCCGAGACCGCACACGUCGUGUGUCUCUGCACUAUAGUGUGUUUGUGUGUGUGUGUGUGUCGAUGACGAGGACGGCCAGGGCUGGCAGUUCUAUAAUUUCCAGCUUAUCAACCUGUUUCCUUCUUUUAUUACUCUCCAAACUUGGAUUUUUGAUGCCUUUGAAGGAUUUUCUGAAGUUAUUCGAAUUUUUUCAAGCUGAGCUGUUUUUUUCUAGGAUUUCCAAGAACUGGGCUAGCAAUUACAAGCUUUUGAGGACCCCUAGAAGUAAGCCUACAGCUUGAAACUUUCCAGCUUUUUUUAAAGACUUUUUUUGAGCUUAAGAUUUUAGCUGAGCUUGCAGUUUCAUUAUUUCCAGCUUAUCAGCGUUUUUUCUCGUCCUUUGCUACGAUAAUGUGAGCAAUCGAAUCGAUUUUUGAAAAAAACCAGGGAUUUCGGAAGACUGAGAAGCUUGGAAAGAUAGUUUUCUAUCGAGAAAUGCUCAUUUCCAGACAAAACUUGAUGAAUUUUGUAAACAAAUUGGUCAUUUUUGGCUUUUGGAACGUUGUGAGUCUUAUUUUGUUGACUUUUUGAGAUUUUUGAUCAGCUUUUGAUGAGUUUGACGAGUUUUCCUUUGCCAGUUACCAUAGUGAUUAUAAAGUUUUCGAAAAAAAGGUUUGCUACCUUCAGUCAGAAAUUCUAUCUCCGAGAGGAUCUCAAAACGUUUUUUCAAGACAUUUAUUGGUUCUUUGUCCAAAAGAUAGCGGAAAUGUCGGUUCAAAAAAAAAGCUUUUCGAGUGAUUUUUGAGCGUUUUUUGACGCAUCGCUCGAUUGUUUUGUUGUUGGCGGAAUCGAGAGAGCGAUCGGUUUCUCUUUCAAGUUUAGAGAGCGUUUAUUUUUCUCAGACGUGGAUAAUUGUCUAGUUUUUGAAGAAAGUUCCUUUCUUUUUUUUCGGGAUGAGUCACCAAGAAAUCGUGUACUUUGCACCUGGCUACGUGUCAUUUUUGACGCGGUUUUGCAAUUUUCUGGUUUUUUCAAGAUUCCAAAGCUCAAAUGGCCAAUUUGAUACUGAAACUGGCUUGGAAUGAUUUGAAUUUUCUCAGAAAUUGGGAAUUUUCGAGGUUUUGUGGUCUUUAGGCUAAAAAAUGCAGAUUAUAUUAAAAUGGAGUCUUUAUCUUACUAUAAUCUGCUUCAAACUUUUUCGAUUCUUUUUGAAAAAAAUAAAAAAUAUUUUGCAUCAAAAAUUUUUCGUUUCACAUUAGAAAAGACUCUCAGGAAAAAUCCCAUUUUCAUUUUUUUCAAACUGAGAAUCUUGAUCAAGUCGCCAAGGACGUUUUAGCUAACCUAAUUCCGUUUUUUUCUUCUCCAAAAUCUCUUGGAACCUAGAAAAUGUUGUUUUCACUUUCACGCUGCCUUUUGAAGCCGAGAAAAGACGUCUGUCUGAUCUUUUUUUUUCUCCCCCAAUUGAAGACGCUCCUCUCUUUUCGCCUCGUUCGUCUUCGGGAUCGUCUUCUUCUGUGCCAGUCUCGGCGGCGGGACCAAGCAGUGUCGAGGCCGCUGCAUUUUUUUUUCUUCCUUUUCUUUUUUUUUCCGACUGCCUCGGUCCAAUUCCCACACAGCACAGCGGCGGACCCCCGCCCGAAAAUGCGCUCAACUCACGCGCAAACAUUCAAUUGGACACGCGAGACAAGAGUUUGUGUAUAUUUAUUGAAAAGGCUAGAAAUCUUUUCUUUCAAAGGCUCUUUCAGUCAAGCACGGUCUGUACUUUUUUAGAGAGACGGAAUUUUUGGCUAGUAUUUUAAUAGAAUGGUCAACUACGCUUUUUACUGGACCUUUUUUGCGUUUUUUUUUAAUGGCUCAUACCUUUUUUGUAUGCACUUUGCUCAGAAGAGAGUUUAAAUUUUAAUUUGAAGGAAUUUUCCGAAUAAUUUUGAACAGAAAUUUUGUUCAAAGAUAGUUUUGUCACAUCUCAGCGUUUUUAUCGAUUUUAAAACUCUUAUUUAAAAAGAACAUUUUCAUAGGAAUGAUCAAAAACUCCCUUCAAAAGAAUAAGGAAACCCGCACUAUUCAUCAAUCAAAUGAAACAAGAUAUCGGGACCCGAUAACAAUCUCCCCGGCGGCCAAGUUCACCCAAGCGCGCCAGAAUUGACUUCCGAAUUAGGCAACAAGCUUUAGAAAGCUAUAAAUAUCCGGCGGAUGAUUGGAAUUCCCGUCUUUAGCUGUUUGGAAAGUUUUCGAGGCUUUCAUGGGCCUUAGAUGGCGCGAAAACGGCUCUUCCCCUCGAGACCUUUAUGGCUUGCGCCUUUAAUAACUUUAGAGCUCUUAGAGAGUUUUAGAAGCGCGAAAGUCUUCCAUAACCUGAAUUAAUUGAGCUGAAACGCUUUUUUCGCUUCGAUACUUUUGUUGAACGUGCCUAUGCGCCUUUAAUAACUAUAGAGUUUCUAAAAAUUUUUUAAAGCGCUUGAGGCCUUUGUGACCCUCAAAUGAAAACGAUUAUUUUUGUGAAUGAAAUAAAUCUUUACUAUUAAAACGGCUCUUCGCCUCGAGACCCUUAUUAAAUUCACCUAUGCGCCUUUAAUAACUCGAGCAAUCUUUUUUGAUAGGCUAUAGUUCUGGAGCUUCAGAAACGCUUCGAACUUUCAUUAAUGUUUAUUUCUCUGUAUUAAUCCAAGGACUGAAUAGAUUUUUUCUAACCGUCGCUUUUUCCAAACUUUCCUUGAGUUUAACGUUGAAACUUGGCAGUUUUUCCAUGUUGAACUCGAUUUUGACGCUGAAAUUUUAUAUUUCGAUCAUUCAAGCUAACUAUUAACUUUUUUUGCAGGUUGUCAAGUGCCCACUGUGCUUGGAGCCUUACCGCGAGCCGAAGGUCCUUGCCUGCUUUCACUCGUUCUGCAAGGCGUGUCUCGAGAAACAUUUGGAAUCGGCCGAGCGGAUCGUCUGUCCACAGUGCCACAUGGAGACACAGUUGAGGUAACGAGAAAAAUGACCUUUUUCGAACUUUUCGAUUUUUCAAAGUUUCGCAUCGGAAUUUGAAAGCCUUACUCAACCCCUACCCCCCUAAUUAAGACAACUAUUCCAGUCUUCCACUAAUCUAAUUGUUUCCAGCGUCCAUCUUGGCCUUGACUCUCUACUGGCCGACUUCGGCCUCGAGUCGGUGAUGAACCGUCAGUUUCAACUGAACGACACGCGCAGCGCCGGCUUCGGCUUCGGCUCGCCGUCGUCGACCUCGUCGUCGCCGCCCCUGAGCGAUUCGCCGCCUCUCGAGCCGGUGCGCAUACGAAAAAUAUUCUUGAUCAUCGAUUUGGUCCGGAAAAAUCCGAUUCCAGUCAAAAUUUGAUAGGGAAUUUGCUUGAAAAUCGAUUUUUGCCGAAGAAAUACAUUAUUCAGUCCAGAAAAAAGCCGGUUCUAAACAGAUUUUGAUGGAAAAUGUGCCUGAAAGUUGAUUUUUGUAGAAAAAUUACACGAUUUGGUCCGGAAAAUAGCCGGUUCGAAACGGAUUUUGAUAGGGAAUUUGCUUGAAAAUAGAUUUUUGUCGAAAAAGUACACAAUUUGGUCCGGAAAAAGUCGGUUCUAAACGGAUUUUGAUAGAAAAUAUGCCUGAAAAUCGAUUUUUGUCGAAGAAAAUCAAUAAUUUUGACGAUUGAGCUUGAUUUCCUGACUGAAAAAAGUUUUUUUGCUGAUUUUCUGUAGAAUUUCAAGGCUGCGAAUAGAGAACUGUAGUCUACAAAAAAGUUUAAAAAUUGUGCUUCUGAAAUUUUUGAACCUCUCCUCCACUGAAACUGGAAGAUGAUGUUGCAGCUGAACACGUCGUCGUCGCCGGUUCGGACCCUGUGCACGGGCUGCAAAUCGUCCAAGUUGGCCUCGACGUUCUGUCACGACUGCAGCCACAACCUGUGCUCCAACUGCACGAUGGCCCAUCAGUUCAUGCAUUGCUUCCGCAAUCAUCGCGUCGAAUCGCUUCCGACCCAGAUGCCGGUAAGGAGAAGUUCACAGAGAUCCUUGAAGAACCUCCCUCUUUGGGAGAAGAAAUCGGAAUUCUCCUGGUCCUAGAAGCCCAUUUAUUCCGGAAAUAGUUCUUCCAGGGCCAGCCGACGUCGGGCACCGAAUCGCUCUCUUCCUCGGCCUCGUCGGAGAAGACGUGCAAGUGUCUCCAGCACCGGAACCAGCCCCUGUGCUUCUUCUGCCUCACGUGCAACUUGGCCAUCUGCCGCGAAUGCACCGCCGUCGAUCACCUCGCGCCGGCUCAUCAGUUCGAGCCGAUCAAUGAGGUGAGCUUCCGCCUGGGAAGGGAGUGGAAGUAAUGACCCUGAAAACGUUUGGUCGGACUUGAACCUACUUUGGUCUGGUGAGCGGAAAAAGUGACCUCUCGAAGCUUAAUCGAUUUUUCACUGUUCCCAUGCUCAAUUUGCUCUACAAGCCAUGGUCGCACUGGUAAUGGCUCUAUGCUUUAUGCAACCGACCAGAAACGGCUUACGCUCUGCGGAAAUCUGCGCGACCCUUCGAGCCAUACCAAGUGCGACCAUGGCGUUUUAAAAACUCAUUUUUCUUGUCUCAAGACUUUUUUUGAUUGUUUCCUCAUCAAGUUAACACUUGGAAGGGCUCAAAGUAAUGCGUAGCGCCUGCGAAGCGGUCGCUUCAAUCUGCACGUCUUCUGUAGGGCGUGUUCCAACCGCAACGCGCUUUGAGCCAUUCCAAAUGCGACCAUCCACUGAACCACGUAUACAUCAGUUGUACUCAAGACAUUAACGCCAUUCUCCCACCGUUUUCUCAGUCAAAAUUGAAGUCUUUUGCCGCAUUUGGAAUGAAUCGGAAUCAAUUGAUUUAAAGCACACGUCUUCUGUUGGCCGUGUUCCAACCGCAACGCGUUUUGAGCCAUUCCAAGUGCGAACAUGAACUGAAAAAGUAUAUACCAGUACUGAAGAUGUUCUUCCACCGUUUUCUCAGUCAAUAUUAAACUUCAAAGUCUUUUUCCGCAUUUGGAAUGGAUCGAAACCAGUCGCUUCAAACUCCAAGUCUUCUAUGAGCCAUAUUCUAACCGCACCGCGCUUUGAGCCAUUCCAAAUGCGACCAUUGACUCAACUAAGUGUAUACCAGUACUGAAGACAUAAAUCGCCUCGUUUUUUCCUUGUCCCAAGGCCAUUUUUCAUUGUCAUUGUCAUCAGACGCCGCGAUUGAUUACAGGUGGCUGAGAAGCAGAUGCUGAAGAUGGACCAGCUGGUGACUGACGCACGCGCCAAGCAUUCCGAAUUGUUGGAUAUGUUUAAACAGGUGCGCGAAGGGAGUGUGAGAUGAGUCGAUCAUGGUGAUGAGGAAGAGACUGACUGACCUUUUCAAGAUUUAUUGGGCCCUGAAUGGCUUUUUUUCCACAGAGCAGCUGGAAGGAGAAAAUUAGAGGAUUUUCAGUAAUUUUUUCCCAGAAAAUGAAUUUUAGUUUUUUUAAAGCUUUUCUUGGAUUUCACAUCAUCCGUGGUUUUUUUUUAUUAUCUGCUUAGUCUUCUUAAUGCGCCUUAUCUCAAACAGAAAAAAUUGUUUUUAUCCGUCACCUUAAGCUUUUUGAGAGCUUUCUGGAAGGCUUAAAGGUUUUUUUCGAUAGGGGAUUUGCGGAAAAAACGUGAUUUUUCGAAUUUUCAAGCCUUUUUAUAGAAAGUUAGCAGUUUACUUGAAUUUACUGGAUCAAAAUUCAAGGUUGAGAAGGGUUUUUCUUUCGAAAAAUGAUCCUUUAUCGAAAAUAAAUUUCAGCUUUUAGUGUUUAUGAGUAGUCCCCUAAAGAGUCUUAAGAUACAGAAAGUUCUUUCCAAAUACAUUUUUUCACGGAUUGAUUACAGGUGGACUCGUCGCAACAGCGUCUGACGGCGUCGUUGCACCGGGCUCAUGCGCAACUCGACGAAAAUGUCGCCAUUUUGGCUCGCGCCAUCGACGAACAGCGAAAGAUGAUCGCCAAGGAGAUUGACGCCGCUUUCUCCGCCAAGCAGGUAUAGUUCAAUCUCAAGGUGUAGAAACACUGGUUGGACAAAAAAUCACGAAAACGACUCAUUUGGAAAUGACGACAAGUUAGUCAGACCAUGACGUCAUUAGUUUUGUCGUGCUCUUGAUGACGUCCCUUUAUCAUCCGAAUCAUCCGACUAGUAAGCGAUGAUGAAGGCUGGUACGAUGAAAACGACGUCAGCCCGUGGGAAUCUCGCCCAACGAUGACGUCACUAAUUUCAUCGUGCUCUUGAUGUCAUCAUUUUCCUUCGUCACUAGUUUCAUCGGGCUCUUGAUGACGUCAUUUCCCUUCUUCCGAAUGUUCGACUAGUAAGCGAUGAUUAAGGCUGGAACGAUGAAAAUGACGUCACUUUAUCAUCCGAAUCAUCCGACUAGUAAGCGAUGGUGAAGGCUGGAACGAUGAAAAUGACGUCAGCUCGUGGGAAUCUGGCCUAACGAUGACGUCACUUUUCAACUCAUCGCUUCUUAGCAUCGAAACUGACAUACUGGCUGAAAAUCCUGAGUCUGAAGUUAAUUCGUUGGAAUCUAGUUUGGAGAUGACGUCAUAUUCGUAUUGAUGACGUCAUUAUUUUUUGAAGUUUUCGCGGAUCUUUGGCCUUUUUUUCUACCCGUUUUUUUUUGAGGCUAAGCUCCUCUAAACUCUCCACUCGAUUGUGUGGAACGAAAUAAGGGACUACAUAUAACAUAUAUGAGGAUAUUCGACGACGAGGAUCGUUUCUUUUUUAUGACUAUGGCCUCCUUUUGGAAUCGCCGCCUCGGCCAGCGUAAAUCCUCGCCCGAAUUACUUGCGGUUUCGCGGUCUUUUUGGAUGAUUUUUGAGGAUUUUCUUGAGAUUAUAAAAUAAAUGGCUCAGUUUUCAUUGUAUUUUUCGAUUUUUCAAGCCGGAGAAGGAAGGAAAAGCUCAAUUUUUCCAUUAAGUCUAAGUAAUAACGGCAUGUUCACUCUCCGCAACUUGGAACUGCAUUAAAACUUGUGACGAACGACAGCAAGUUCAGAAUUCUCUUGUGAUCAUCUCCAAACUGAUUCUGAAUAAAAACUAGAUGCAGAAUAAGCUCUAAUACAAACGGCAUACAGAACAACAUAUUCCGCGGUCACAGUGAAGUGCGUGCCGGAUAAGAGAGUGACUGAGAGGAAGGGACCACCAAAGCAGAAAGAAAAAGGAGACACUAUUUGCCCAGUCACACCUGUCACCUCUUUCUCUCCGUUUCUCUCGCUUCCGUCCGUCCUUUCGAGGCUCUCAGAGGGUCCAGCGGCGGCGGCGGUUUUCAUUGUUCUGUGACCGAUGUCCAUGCGCACAAACGACAGCUGGCAGGGACUCGAGAACAAGAGAUUCUUCGAAGAAAUUUUAAAUCCGUCUGAGGAGAAAGUUCGAAAAAGGCUCCAAAUUGAAGAUCUUGUGCGCUCUGUUGAGAAUUCCGAGUUUUCUUGGCUUUUGAGUACCUCAGACUUUGGUAACUCGAACUAGAAGCGGCCUAGACGUUUCUGAGCGAUUCUAGGGAUCACUUAAGAGCCCUGAAGUUACUAAAGUGGCCACUGAAGGCUCAGUUUCUGAACAUUAGAAUACAAGUGAAAAGCUCCUUUUUUCUGCUUCCAACACCCUCGACCAUCUCAAACUCUACUAUGGCUAGAAAAAAGCCAAGAAAUUCUACGAAUUAUCAAGAAAAGCCUCUCAAAUCAUGUCUUCCGGUCUCCAGUCGUCACAUGACAUCUUCUGUGACGUGACACUAAUUCCGCGGCUAUCCAGCCUUCCAAUCAGAGAUUCCCCGCCAGACACGAACCAACCAAUUCAAUAUCGGUCAACCAUCAACAGUCGUUCGGUCGUCGCGCAUCGUCGAAUUUGCGUGCGUGUGUGACCAUUGGGCCAUACGCGACUAACACGCGCCCGUCAAGAACCUCCUUAAUGGCCGAGCAAGGUCCAUCAUCGGCUGUUGCGUCGCGAAGGAGGAGGAGGAUAAUUAGAACUGGCCAGGCGAAAAUGUAGCCGCAGUCAAAUGGCUCGACGGAGAUUAGCUCGUAGGCCUUUCUCAGAUUUCAGUGAUCACUUGAGAGGUUUUAGGGUGUUUUUAGGGCUCACUUGAGAAGGCGGAACUAGGGAGACGAUUUUGGGAGGGAGAGGAAAGUUAGAAGUGGCCAUUCGAGAAUGUAGCUGCAGUCGAAUUGCUCUAUUUAGGCCUUGCUCAGAUUUCAGUGAUCACUUGAGAGGCUUCAUCGUCUCUUAAGUGAUCACUCGAAAUCCCUGAUCAGAAGAUCAAGCUCGAGUUUUGAUGCUCUCUCAAGCUGUGCAAUUAAACUUGCUGAAUGGUCCUAGAAGACAAUAGAACGCGAAACGAAAAGGAAAUUUUUUUGGUUUGGACAACUGGACGGAUCACAGAGACCACUAUGAAUGUCUGGAAAAAGGGCUGAAAAAUGGACAAUUUUACAUUUUGAGCGAAAAGCGUCAUUUUGCAAAAUUCGUUUGGUGUCGGCUGCAUCUUGAUAGAGAGAGAGUCAUUCCAAUUGCGACCCGAGGGUUUCAAUUUUGGGCCAGUUGAGUUGGUAAUUUUACUCAUCUGGGAUUGUAAGAACUAGACUUGGAUAACCGUUUCGUGUCCGCGACGCAUUUGAGCCAUUCCAAAUGCGACCAGGAGUCUUCCAAAUAUGAACGAAUCGAGUUUUACACACGCUUCUUGGUCCAGACAAAAAGAGUAGAAAAGCAAAACGGCAUUAUUUGCCUUGUGACAUUUGGUGACGAUCCACGGCCGGCCUCCUUGUUUGUAUGAUCUUGGCUCUUGCUUCUCAAUUUCCACCUCGAUUUUUUUUUCUUUUUUCCCGCCAGAACGUCUCAAACGGAUAGACUCACACACACAGAAGGAGAGUAUCGAAUUCACCGAGGCAAAAAUGGCGGGACAUGAAAAUUGGCGUGCUGAAAGAGAAGAGGAAGAGACGAUUAAUGGUGAAUGACCUCGGAUUUGAAAUGGACCGAAUUGGGAAAAGAGAGUCGGAAUGGAAGAAUCGAACAAAAACAUUGGAGUCUGUUGGAAUUUGAAAGUUUCUUUGUUGGAUGGGAGGAUUCGGAAGAGUUGAAGAAUUUUUAAGGAAUCAGAAAUGAAUCUUGAACGAAGCAAAAACCAAAGUUGGCCCAAAAACGGAUAUUUUUUUCCAGAUCCAACUGACGAUGGUGGACAAGCGUGUGCAGCAGAUGUCGGACAAGCUCAACCAGACGAUCGAGUUCACUUCGAGACUGGUCAAGUACGCGUCGCCGCCCGAGGUGAUGGUCUUCAAGCAACUCCUCGACACCCGUCUUCAGCUCUUCCUCGGCUUCAACCCUGACGUGAGCUUGACCUACACCUCUUUUCACCAGAAAAAUCAAUUUUUAAGGUUUCGAACGCCCUGGGAUCGUCCUGCGAUAUCGACCUGCCAGCGUUGGCCGACGGAACGGCUCGCCAGAACAUCCAGCAGAUGAUGGGCCAGGUCCGAGGCGGCGCCGCCGACUGGGGCAACAUCAUCCCGUCGUCGCAGAGCGGCAUGCCGCCGACGCCGAUUGGACGGCCGCCAAGUCGACACCAGCUUGGCUUCGGCUUUGACAAGGAGGACACCGACCCCUGGGGCACCCACAGCUUGAAGAAUGUUGGUAUUUUGAUCAAAAUGAAAUCGAUUGAUCCGAAAAAGGCUUUGAGAACUUUUUGAUCGGCUAGGAGAUUGAGGACCCCUGGGGCACCCAUAGCUUGAAGAUUGUUGGUAGUUUGAUCAAAAAAAGAUCGGUUGAUUCAAAAAAUCUUAUUCACAGGUGUAAGGGACAACCAUUACGUUUGAUUUAGAACUUUCUAGAGCUGAAAAAAAAUCGUUGAUUCAAGGUUGAGUAGGACUUUAGGACCUUCAGAAAUUGACAUUGGGGUCAAAAAUUAUUAAUCUCGGCUUCGGCUUCGACUAGGAAAUUACGGACCCCCUAGCUUGGAGAAAAUCCGAAAGAUUCAUUGAAAAUAAAGAGAGUGAGGAUUUUACGAACUUUCUGAGCUUUAGUAUAUUUUUUCUGUGGAGUAUGAGCCAAAAAUCAAAAUUUGAGGUUUGAGACUCCAGAAUCUGUGUACUUAUGAAAGCACGUCUUCUAGGUGAUUUUUAGGAAGAUUAUUGAUUUUUUUUUUCGGAAAUAGUAACUUUGAGAGUUCCGCAAAGCUUGGAAGUUUCUAAGAACGUUCUGAGAAUUUUUGAUGAGCUUGAGAAUUCCCUUGUAUCUUUUUUUGAACGUUCUGAACGAUUUUGAGCUUUUAAGAAAGUUUUCCAAUAAGUGUUUUUGAUAAAACUCCAAAAACAAGUAUUUUUCCUUCAAAAAUGCACUUCUUUCAGUCGAUCGCCCGCUCGCCGCCACAAAUCGCCCAGAGCCUUCCCCUGGCGCCGAACGCCUUCUCCGACUCGAACCUCCUCCGUCCGAAGAACGAAUUCGGCGGCUCGUCGCAGUCGCUCGGCCCGUUCACCGCCACCUCCGACGCCUUCAACCAGUACGACAAAUGGUCGAUCGGCAUCGAGCCCAGCCUCGGACUCCUCGACUCGAACCUCGACGACGACAAGAGCGGCCUUUUCCCGCCCAGCCGAUCGCAAAUCAAGCGCCAGAAGAUGAUCUACCACUGCAAGUUUGGCGAGUUCGGCGUCAUGGAGGGCCAGUUCACGGAGCCGUCCGGCGUCGCCGUCAACGCCCAGGGCGACAUCGUCGUCGCCGACACGAAUAAUCAUCGCAUCCAGGUGAUUAUUAGGAGGGAAAGUGAAUCUGGGAAUGUUAUAAGAAUGGCUAAAACGGAGCCAAGAAGCGUGAUUUGAGGCCCUAGAAGAGUUUCGGAAAAUGGCUUCGAAAAUUGUAGGAAGGGGAGUUUUUAAUACCUACUUAAGGGUUUACAAUGAUUUUGUGAGCGUUUUCUUACCUAGAAACUAUGAUAACUUACCUGUAAAGCUUCAGGAAAGCUCGGAAGACUUUUAGAAAACGAAAAAUUCUGUUUUUUAAGCCUUGGACGGCCUAGAAGUCAAUUUGAGUCUUUCUAAACGCUGGGAGAAUUUUCAAAAAGUUGUGAAAUCCUUGAAAUUUUGGGAAGAAGUUAGAAAUUAUGACCGAUUUCUAUUGAAAUAUGGCUGCAAGUUUUUAAAAUUCUGCGAUUAUUGUUCAUUCACAAAUUUUCAGUGAAUUUUUUCAUUUUUACAGUGAUUUUUUAAGUCUUUGGUCUUCAAGAAGUACUUGUAAACUUGAUAAUUUCCCCGAUUUUUCAGGUCUUUGACAAGGAAGGACGCUUCAAAUUCCAAUUUGGCGAGUGCGGAAAGCGCGAUGGACAGUUGUUGUACCCGAAUCGGUUGGUUUUUUCAUCUCAAUCAACUAAAAAAUCAAUAAAUCUUCAAAAAAUAGGAAAAAAAAACAUUCAUUUUCAGUGUUUCGGUCAACAAGACUACCGGUGAUUUUGUUGUCACGGAGCGGUCGCCGACCCAUCAGAUUCAGGUAAUCAAUUAAUUAACUAUCUGAAAGGUAAACUGAACGUUUUACAGGUCUACAACCAGUACGGACAGUUCUUGCGCAAGUUCGGCGCCAACAUUCUGCAACAUCCGCGCGGCGUUUGCGUCGAUAACAAGGGCCGAAUCAUUGUCGUCGAGUGCAAAGUGAGCUCUUCGAGCCGUGGGGAAAAGCGGAGAGAAUAUGAAGGGUUUUUUUAAGAGAAAAAUUAAGAAUAUUAAUGGUUUUUGAUCGGAAAUUGCAUUAUAAUCGGGAUUUUUAGGUCAAAAAUUGAGUUCGAAGCGAUUUUUAGAAUGGAAAAAAACCUAAUUUUUUUGAGUUUUUUUCGUAGAAAAAUUGGGUUUUUGAGAAGAAAAAAAUGACGAAAUUCUUGGCUUUUUGAUCGAAAAAUUUGUGAAAAAAAUCCUGUUUUUUUAGGUCAAAAAAAUUGAGCGCAAAGUGAGUUUUUAGUAAAAAAAUCUGUUUUUUUGGAGUUUUUUUCGUGAAAAAUUUGAGUUUUUUUAAAAAGGAAAAAAAUGACUGAAUUCAUGGUUUUUUUGGUUGAAAUUAAUGAAAAAAAUUCUUCGGAAAUCUUGAUUUUUUUAGGUCAAAAAAACUGAGCGCGAAAUGAGUUUGUGAAGAAAAAAAUGGAUUGAAUUUUUGGAGUUUUUUUCGUGCAAAAAUCGGGUUUUUGAGAAGAAAAAAAUGACUAAAUUCUUGGCUUUUGGUUGAAAAAUUUAAAAAAAUUGUUCUGGAACUUUUCGUGAUACCAAUAUUUUGACUCAUUUGAGAGGUUCAAAACGUCGAUUUCCACCCAAAAAAGCAUUCUACGACUUUUUUUUUCAUUUUUUGCGUAUUCAUAGACAUUUUUGGACCUUUUCCGAUUUUUCGUGUAGCAUUUCGAAGUCCGGAGAAGCUGUGUAUUGAAAUUAUUCUCGAAAAAUGUUUGGGGCUCUGGAAAUUUCUUUCCUUUUUCCCCCGUGCGAUGUGUGCCUACGCUGCGUCUAUAGCCCCACCGAGAGGGGUCCGAUUGCCUUGCAGUCUUUUCGGCCCCUUCUUCUCUGGACUCUGACCCUUUUCCCGUUGGCACUGCGGCCACCCGAGUAGGCCACGGAUCUUGUGACAUUUCCCAGUGACUUUGGGGGCAUUUUCCAGAACAUUUCUUGGGCAAAAUCGAGGUACUUUAGUCUGGUCGGCUUGAAAAUUUUUUUACUUGGAGAAAUGAGUUUUUGAAUAAAUCUUGAACCUUUGAGAGAUUUUUUCAGUGGUGAAAUGAAGUUUAAAAGUGACUUUUCCGAAGCAUUUUGUAAAAUUGAAGGGAUUUUCGUUGAUUUUAAGGUUUGAACUUGAAAAAUUGGCUGAUUUAAAGCUUUUUAGUGAUGAAAAUGUAUAAUAAAGCGAGAUUUUGGGAAUUUUCCCUUCGUUAGAGUGGAUUUUCACCUCAAAAAGGGUUUUUCAGCUAGCUUUUUUCCCUAUUUUCUAUUUUUAGAGCCAGUAUUUUGAAAGAAAAUGCUGUAUAGUGAAUUAUCGUUGGACGCGAUUGAGCAGGAAUGAACUGUGAAGGUGACCUGCACAUUUUAAUUUUGAGCGGCAAUUUGAAAUGGUGUUGAUUUACGGGCUUUCCGCAUUUUUGCGAUUCAUUAACCAAUUUUUUGGAAUAUAAGUAUAAGAAAAUGGACCGGAACUUCAAAAAUCUCGAUAAAAACCGUUUUUUUUCGAAAAAACUUGAAAUAAACAGUCAAAAAAACCCUUCCAGGCCUAAUUUUGAUGAUUUCAGGUGAUGCGCGUGAUCAUCUUCGACAUGUUCGGCAACAUUUUGCAAAAGUUCAGCUGCUCUCGCUAUUUGGAGUUCCCCAACGGCGUCUGCACCAACGACAAGAACGAGAUUCUGAUCUCGGAUAACCGGGCUCACUGCAUCAAGGUGAAUACAAAAGAAAAAAAGAAAAAAAUAGGUGUUUUUUGAAGUUUCUAAGGUAUUUUCAGUUAGGUGAUGAGAAAAUUGGAUAAUUUUUUUCUGAUUUUUCAGGUUUUUGAGAGACUUGAGUAAGGGUUAGAAAGUGAAGAAAGGUUUCAAAAAUAAGUGAAAAUUAUGGAAAAAUAAAAUGCGCCUUUUAAAGGUGAUUCUUGAUCAUAAUUUGAACGGAAAGUCGGAAAAAGUUGCGAAUUUUUUUUUUAAUUUUUACCUCAUACUAACCUUAAAAAUUAUUAUUAUUUUUCUGCCUGUAAGUUAGCUUCAUAAAAAACGCACUGGCGCACAAAAGCACAAAAUUAAUGCGUAAUAAGUGAGUUUUUUCCAUUAGUUUCAAGUUCAAAAAGGGUAAUUUUUAAACUUUUUUCAGUUUUUCUAAACAAAAACUAAUCAAAAACUGGACAAAAAGCCGUGAAUAUAAUCGUAAAAAGGCUAUUACUCCACCUGAUCGAAGAUCUCUCCCCAUUAGAUUCCAGACGAUUUUUUUUAUGGGCUCAAUUUAUCGUCUAGACUUUUUUUUUUUGCGAAAAAAAGUUCCGCUUACCUCUCUUUUUUUUCGCGCUUUUUUUUUUCUCCGUUUGUAGAAAGGAGCGUGCAGUAUAGUGUGUUCAAGGCUGCACUUUCCCCCCAUCGCCCAUUUUUUCCCCCUGUUGGGAUAAUUCGUCGCGCACUUUUUUUGACACGAAAAAUUGAACUUUUUGUCCUUUUUUUGAUGGGUUCGCUGGUCAAAUAUAGAGAAUUUGAGGAUAUUUGAGGGACUUCCUGAGACUCCUGGAACCUUCUGGAACGUGAAAAUUUGAAAAAUCGACUUUUUAGAGAAAAUUGGCGGAAAAUCUACUCAUUUUAAAGUUUUGUUCGUUAGAGCGCAUUUGCUGAUUUUCAUUAGGUGGUUUUCUGAUUUUUUUUUUUUGAUUGUUAGAGCGCAUUUGCUGCUUUUUAUAAGGUUUUUGAUAGGAGAACUAUUGAGGGUCUGGAUAAGCGGUUUUUAGAGGAAUAUUAGAUAGAAAAAAUUUUUUGAGAUCUCAAAAAUCGAUUUUUAAUUAAAUGAUCGCUUUCAGGUCUUCUCCUACGAGGGCCAGUUCCUGCGUCAGAUUGGCGGCGAAGGCGUCACGAAUUAUCCGAUCGGCGUCGGAAUCAACAGCGUCGGCGACGUCGUCGUGGCCGACAACCACAACAAUUUCAACCUCACCGUCUUUUCUCAGGUAUUUUUUGAUGAGAAAAUGGAGUUUUUGUUCAAAUUUUGAGUUGGAAAGCUCUCGAUUUUAAUCAGAGCAUUUUUGGAUGUAGUUGGAUGAACUUUCUGUUGAAUUUUUGAGUGGGAAAAAUUCCGGUUCUAUUCAGAAAAGUCGUGUUUUUGAUCUGUAGCUUCUGACAAUGGUAAUGAUAAAAAAAACUGUCCAAUAAGGUUCAAAAAGUUGAGUAAUCGGACUUUUAUGCUUUUUGGCGCGAACAAGACGAUUUUGAAAAAAAAAAGUUCGGCGCCUGGCACCGGCGUCGGAUAUUUAACCUCGGUGUUUCGGUUUCGGUUUUCCCUGUCCCGCAAAGGUCAUUUCGGCAUCUUUUCACCAGCCCGACGUGAUUACGUUUUACGCACGCGAACGUGAAAAUUGACAUCGAAAUGGGGGAUUCUUUGUUAGCGAAUCGGUCUAGACGGUUUUUUUCAAAACCUCAGUUUUUCGAAUUGGCGAUCCGGAAGCUCUGAUUUUGAGAGAUUUAAUUGGCUUUUUAAGAUUUUUAGAAAAUUAGCUUUUCCAAUUUUGGCAGGAACUUUCUUGGUUUUGAAUUUUUGAGAGAAAUGGAUUUUAACAUAUUAGAAAAAUAAGCUGAAAAAUCCAGUCUUUUUCUAAUUUUGGCAAAUUUUUUAAAUUUCGAGAAGAUCGGUUUUUAGGAUUUCAGAAAGGAAGAUGAAAAUCCAAUACUUUCCAAUUUCGGCAAGGACUUUUCUGGUUUUAAAUUUAGAGAGAAAUAGAUUUUACGAUUUCAGAAAAUUAACUGAAAAUCCACUCUUUUUUAAUUUUGGCAGGAACUUAAUUGGUUUCAAACUAUGCACUUUUCUUGCACUUGGAGGAGAAAAUAAGCAAAAUCCAGCGUUUUCCAGUUCCUAGUCACGUUUAUUGCACUUUUUUUCUCUUGCCGAAAAAUUCUGGACAGAAAAAACAGCAAAAUCCAGCCUUUUCCAGUCUCCAGAAGAAGAUUCGAAGCUUUAAGUUCCAAACUACACUUUCCCCCGUCUCAAAAAAAAAUUUCAAUAGGAAGCUAGUUGAAAAAAUAAGCGAAAACCCUAGUUUUUUUCGAUAUCCAGAAAGAUUUGUAGCUCCAAGCUCUUUCAAAAAAAAAGUCGAGAACAGAAGCUUAUUCUGGCGGAAUCGUGAUGCUUGGUGCUCUGCCGGGAGUCAAUUUUUCCUCCUUUUUUUGCUGUCUACACGACGAAGAAGGAUGUUUCUGCUUGCACUUGGAGAGCGGAAGAGUUGCACUUUGGGCUUCUCCGCCAUUUUUUCUCCCCCUCCUUUUUCUCACUCGUGACACACACGCACAACGUAAUUGUGAAUGGACAAGGACGACGAGAAAGGCGGGAAUUGGAAAUAAGAAGAAGAAGAAGAAGAAGCACUAUUGUGCAACUAGCUUUGCACUUUUACGCGAGAAAUGUUUGUAGAUUUGCGGGGAUUAGCUUGAGAAGAUUAGGCUAUCAAAUGAAAAAAAAAAGUUUAAAUGAUGGGAUUGCUCAGUGAUUCCUUAUAGGGCGAUCCGAGGACUUUUUUGUGGUUUUCAUGAAGAAAUAUGUUGAAAAUUGGAUAGUUUUGACCAUUUUUGUGGCUUCAAAUGACGUCACAAUCAAAAAAAAGAGAUAAAUGACCAUUGGAAAACUGAAAAAAUAAGCCUAGUUAGUUUCUCUAUCAGCUUCAAAUGAAAAUAAUUUUGAAAAGUAUCGAUUUUUCGGACCUUUUUCUAUUUUUAGCUCAAUAAAGUUCAAAAAAAGGACAUUUUUGAGUCUAUAACGCUUAUAUAGAACCUACAGCUUGAGGGGAUAAUGACGUCAUUGGAAGCCAAGAAAUUUUGAGAUUUUAAAACACCUGGGAGAUCUGGAAGAGUCCUUCGUGCAGAAUAUUUCAAAAAAGGGACCGAUUCAUAACUUGAACCAACUAGAAAAAUGAUCCCUUCGAUUGCUCAUACUAAAAUGAACCAUUUUGCAGGACGGAAGCAUGAUCGGCGCCCUCGAGUCAAAGGUGAAGCACGCCCAAUGCUUUGACGUGGCUCUGGUCGACGACGGUAGCGUGGUGCUGGCAUCGAAGGACUACCGUCUCUACCUGUACCGCUUCCUGCCCGGAGCCCAGCAGAACCAGUCUCAGAAUCAGUCCCAGAACCAGUCACAGCAGUAG